AACCAAGCAGCAUGGAGAUAACAACACUGUGCAUCAUUGUUGCUGCUCUGAGAAUCGUUCCUGACAGAACUCAGUUCUUUCAGUAUGAGUCUGUCUCUCUGAGCUGUGGGGAGCACAGAAAAUCCUCCGAAUGGACAGUUAAGAGAAACACAUCCCGUAACUUAAAUGAACAGUGUCCAAGAAAACCAAAUGAAUCCAACUGCUUCUAUGAUGACGUUUACCCCAUGGACAGUGGAGUUUACUGGUGUGAGUCAGGAGCAGGAGAGUGCCGUGAUGCUGUCAACAUCACUGUGACUGGUGGAUCUGUGAUCCUGGAGAGUCCAGUCUUCCCUGUGCAGAAGGGAGAAGCUGUGACUUUGCGUUGUACUGACGACGAUAAGACAAUAUCGUCAUCCAACCUCACCGCUGAAUUUUAUAGAGAUGAUCUCUUCAUCGGGAGCAGCUCUACAGGAAACAUGACCAUCCACAGUGUUUCCAAAUCUGAUGAAGGGCUUUACAAGUGUAACAUCUCCGGAGCUGGACAAUCACCAGACAGCUGGCUGGCUGUCAGAGAAGAAGUUGAACGUCCUGAAUAUUUUCGUCCCCCAUAUGCGCACGUUCUGCUUCCUGUGGUUGGCGUUUGCCUCUUGCUGGCAUCUGUGAUGCUGUUCUGCCAAUGGAGGAGCCACAAAGAAAUGUGCAAAAUCCACCUGAUGUGUAGCGGUGAGACGACUAAAAACGACUGUGACGUGUCGUACAUUGAUGUUACUAUCACACAGGCGGUGCAGCCAAAGAAGGACAAAGAAAGAGAUUCAACUGUAUACUCAACAAUCAAACUAGGAGCCACCUCACAGGAAAGAGCAGAACCACCGUUGAAGUCUGUUAAUUAG